GAGCCGAGGCUGGAGUCAGGAUGAGGGAGUGGGACGCGGGAGAGGACGUAAACAUUGUACACGUCGCACCGUCUCUACUCUUUAUCACAACGUUGUUUCCUCGUCCCUCCUCUUCCUUCCUCGUCCCUCCUCGCGAAGACUAGCUGGGACACUUUAUGAGCUUGUCGUCACCCGAGAAAAGCGCUCAUACAGCUUAAUCUGUGUUCAACCUGUUUUAUCUCCCCCGUCGCCCCUGGUCUGGUGUCAUCACCUCGGUAACACUUCCAAGACUAGCGGUACCCAAAAGCUGCACCAAUGGGAGUGUGCAGCAGUGUGAGAGAAUGUGUCGGUAGCAAACCACCAUUAGCAGUAUUUGCUGCAAGCAUUGCAGCAUUUGCAGUUGCCCUUGUUGGAGUUUCCCUAUACUUACAGGGCCAUAAGUCAGAAAUUCUAAAUCCAGAUAUAAAGGACUGGAAUAGCUUUUACUCAACUCUGUCUGAUAUGAAGAUAUGCUUUCCUGAAAGUGGGGCAUCUACAGUGAAAAAGAUCAGACCAAGCCGUGAGUUGCCACCCUCAGUAACACUGGACCCAGAGGCAAGUGUUAAUGAAACUACAGGAAAUAUUACACUGAGUAUAUUAGCAGAUGUACAAGUGGAGAAAGAUGGAAGCACUGUUAUGGGAUUGACUCUGCAUUCCUUUCUGUCACCUAGAUAUCUUGGUUUUAAGGGAGACCUAAGUGUACUAGAGGUAACAAUUGAGUUAGCAGCUAAAUCUGCAAAAAACUGGACAGCUUGCAUGAUGUUCUCAGGGCCCACACACCUAUUGCCUGACUCUCCAGUGACACCUUCUAACUGCACUAUAACUAAGAACACCACACUGGUGGAAGUGAUGAUGGCUCAGCCAUGGCUGGUAAAUGAAUCAGAAGAGUGGUGCAGAGUGGGUGUGGAAGGCAACCUGAUGGUGACAGCUCAACAUGAGCUCAAUGUUUACUUAUCAGAGGGUGAUGUCACACUAAUCCAAGUACAUAUUCUCUACACAACAUGCCUCCUGUGUGUCAUGAUGUUUGUUCUUCUAUUUUAUUUUAUUUGUGGAAAACAUUUCAACUCUCGGAGCAAAACAGAAAAGUCGGCUGAUAAAGUACCCUUGCAUCCAUAAUUGCUGUCAUAUUUCUUAAAGGAUUAAUGUGGUAGGUUUGAUGUUGCAACAUACAAGUUUCAUUGAAAUGGGGUGUUCAGUAUCUAAAGCUAAAGAAUAAAAAUAUAGUUGUAUGUUCAAGUUUUAGCACUUUUUUUUUCUUUUAACACAUAGGUCAUCUCCCACCUAGGGAGGGGAAGAAGAAGAAACAAAACUUUUCCUUCUUUUACAUUUAGUAAUUUAUACAGGAGAGGGGGUUACCAGCCUCUAUCUCCUGGCAUUAGCACAUUAUCUAAAACAAAAUUUUUAUUUACAGUGGAACCUCAAAAUUCGAACGUAUCACAUAUCGAACGUUUCGAAAAUAGAACCCUUUUUUUUCAAACAAACUUUGUCCCUAUUAUCGAACGCGCCCCUAAUUUCGGACUGCCUGGUAUGGGACCUGUUCCCCAGCCCGCUCUGUCCACGUCCCCACGCAGGCGCAGCGAGCCAGUCUAGCUUUGUAUAUGCUUGAGUAAAUGCUAACCUGCGCUCUCAUUCAAACAUUUUACGAUUAUUUCAUUGUGUUUAGUACUUGUGGGACUGUGAAGUAAGCUACCAUGGGCCCAAAGAAACUUGCUAGUGGUACCCCUGUGGUAAAGAAAGUGAGAAACACCAUAGAUGUGAAGAAGGAAAUAAUACAGAAGUAUGAGGGUGGUGUGAGACUUGUUGAGCUUGCCAGGAUGUACAGAGGACUGUGUACAGUUAUUUUGUGAGACAGAAACAGACGACUGUGGACAGUUAUUUUGUGAGACAAACAGACGACUGUGGACAGUUAUUUUGUGAGACAGAAACAGAUGACUGUGGAGUUUUGUGAGACAGAAACAGACGACUGUGGACAGUUAUUUUGUGAGACAGAAACAGACAACUGUGGACAGUUAUUUUGUGAGACGGGUCCAGUGACUCCCAAGCUGGUCCUAGUGGCAUUAAAAUACAGAGAAGGGAAGUAACCCCAGAGAGGGCUUUGAUACUGGAAGUCCUCAUGGAGAGGGAUUCUCCUUCCAAACACUAACUCCCUCUCUCCUUCUCCCUAUCUUCCAGAUGCCAUCACCAAUCUUCAAUAAAGGUAAGUAAAAAUGUUAUUUUAUAUUUAUAUACAUAAUUAAACACUAUAGUGUUUGUUGUGUGUAUGUAAAACUGUAAUUAAUCUCUAUAAAUUUUUUUUUUUUUUUUGUGAAUAUUUUUGGGUUUCUGGAACAGAUUAAUUGUGUUUCCAUUAUUUCUUAUGGGAAAUAUUGCUUCGAUUUUCAGACUUUUCGAAUUUAGAACUAGCUCCUGGAACAGAUUAAGUUCGAAAUUUGAGGUUCCACUGUACAAAUAUUUCAAGUAAUUUUCUUUAUAUUGAAGUGUUAUAAAAAAAAACAUAGAAAAUUAGGUAUUAUCCAUCAAAUACAGUAAAAAACAAUUUGAAAUAGACAUAAGUGAAAGAAUCAUCUAACAAUAAUGCAAAGUAAAGACACAUUAUAGAAAAACUUUUCUGCAACUUCUGUUAUUUUCAAUAUAGUUGGCAGUAUGCCAUUGGGUUACAACAAUAAUUAAACAGAGUAGAUUGUUCCAUAUUUUCAUUGAAAAAUUAUUAUUUUUUGACUAUUAAGUUUUUAGUUUACUUUUUCAUGAUGUGAAUCAGAUUUAAGGAAAUCGGUUACUUUCAAAAAUAUAUUGAAAGUUUCUAUACUAUUUAUCGUGAGAUGGUAAUGAAAUGAUAAUUCUUAAACACUGAAGUAGAAGAAUUAUACAAGCUAAGGACAGAAUCAUUCCCAGAUGCAGGGUGUAUUGGAAGUGUACUGCUUUGUUCUGAUAUGUUAAACACUGUGUUGGAACUAUGGAGGAACUAACACUACAUUAUCCUGCCUGCUGUGAUAAAUUUCACACAUCCUCUGGUUGAGAUAUUGUAUAGUGGUGGUUUGAAUGUACAGUAUUUAGUGCAGUGGAAUCUCUUAUCCACCACUUAACCAACCACAAACUUUAGGUAUCACAAUAAAGGUAAGACACAAUGAAGAACAAGCAUUUACCAAGAACUUUUGGGUGUGUAUGUAGCUUUAUAAAGCCAUGGCUUGAUAAAGCUCUGUAAAUGGCAAAACACUGUUUGAAGAAAUGUUUGUUCUGAAACAUGUGUCUAUUUUUCACUGUUCAUGGCAGUACAUUAUUUAAAUAUGAGCAUCGCAUGUUUUUAUUGUGGAGUUUCAGUGAUAUCAUUGGCAAGCAAAAUUAUUGUUAUACUCAUGGGAAGUGCUAAACUGUAGGAGUCAUACAGCAUAUAGGAAACAGGAAGUAGUCAGGUUUAAUCCAAGGAAGGGAAGGAUAGCUCCAGUUCCUUGGAUGAAGAGCCUUUCACCAACUUCAGUGUACCUUCCCUCCAUUUCCUUCCUGAAGGGUGGCGGGCAAGCAAGAAUGGGUGUAACUAUAAUUGUCUUCUACAGAGAUGUACAAAUAUCUGUUUUUUUUUUUUUUUUUUUUUUUUUUUUUUUUUUUUCUAAUCCAUCUCAUUCAUCCUCCUUUCCUCCUGCCUAAGUAGAGUUUUAAAUGGUCAGUUUUAUUUGUCACUUUUUAUAUUGCCUUUUUUUUUUUUUACCUUUCCUGAUUUAAUAAUUUUCUUUUAAAUGUUUUCAGUAUGAUCUGUGUGUUUGGCAUCAUUGACCAAAGUAAUCUCAGUAAUCUCAAUGACUGAAUCAGUAAAUACAUAUUUGUGUAUUAUUAAUUUUAUAGGAAAAAGUCAAACUCAUGUUUGAGUUUCCUUUAGUUUUCAUACUUCCUCCAUCACCAGGUGAGGUGCUAGUUUUACUUAUUGGAAAUUACAGACAGAAUGCCAUCUGGUGGUUUUAAAAAUAGGCUAACAGAAGGACAUAGGAAUAUCUAUCACCCAAGACCUAUACCCUUAAGUGUACAAAAACAGAAUAACUUCAGCAGUACAAGUUAAGCUUGCAAACAUAUGAGUGGCAUUAAGGACUCUAGACACAUUAAAAACAUUACUUCAUAUGUGCACCACGUUAUUGAAAAUAUAGUACUUGUACGGGACCCUCACCUAAUAAAACAUAACCUGAAAUUAAAGAAUGUACAAAGUGCAUCUAGACAAGUAUUUGGGUUGGAAAAUGAGCUGUGAAGAAAGAAGGCAGCAAGUUAGGCCUUACAUCACCAGAGGAAUGAAGAAAUAUAGGUGCUGUGAUCACUACAUACAAAAUAUUGCAGUCCAUAAACAGAGAGAUUCAUCCUUUGCCAGAAAUGAAACAAAAUAAGAGGACGGUGUUGGAAAUUACACACUUAAAUGAGUCACAGGGAUAUAAAAAAAAGUUUCUCAGAAAAGAGGUAAAUAAGGCGAAUGACCUGAAUAAUGGCAUGGUUGUAAUAGACUCCAUGCAAGAGUUAAAAAAUAAAUAUAAUGGCUAACAAACCACAGUAUGGGUGGGGAUUGAAAUUGUGGCAGUCACGUCAUGAGUUGUAAUAGUUAUUUUUCAUCAUUUGGUCCAUUUGGUCAAAAGUUAAGAGAUGGGACCAAGAGCUACAGCUUUCCUCCCUCAAACUAUAUACUAUCUGAAGGAAAUAUUUCAUAAAUGAUAAUUUACUGUAGUUUUGUUUCAGAUCAGCUAAGUCAUUUGUACCCAAUCUUUUGUGGCACUAUAAUACACUAGUUAUAGAAUUUUUUCAAGAAUGAAAUAGAUUGCAUUUGCUUAGAUUUUAAGAAAGCUUUUGAUAGCUUAUGAACACUUAAUUUAAAAAUAGGAAAAUAACCAUCACACUCAAACUAGGUGCUGUAGAAUUUGAUCAUACAGAAUGUGAUAAUGGCAGAUUGCAUUUACCGAGAUUUUAAACAGCUUUUGUUAGUUUAUCAAAGAUUAACUUAGAAGCUGGAAAAUAACCUCUGGGGUGUUAUUAUUAUUAUUAUAGCCAUAACCAAGUACUAAAUCUAUGAGGGUCAUACAAUGCUUGCAAGGGAUAAGACAUUAGUAUUUGCCUGGGAAGAAAAAUGUGAAUGGUGACAAGUUGAUAAAAUGCCUUUUGGGGUUAUGUGACUAGUGGGGCUCUCCAAGAAUCAUUGUUAAUCCAUAUAAAUGAUCUAGAAGGAAUACGUAAUUAUAUGCGUGUGCAUUGGGCAGGAAGGAAUAAUAUCUGAUAGUUGUAAGUUAGUGCCAGAGGUGAAUGUGGGAGAAGUACUUGAUGCAGUGGGUAGAAUGAAAGGUAGUAAAGCAGCUGGGACUGAUGAGAUGUUAAAUGCAAGUUUGGAAAUUAUUUUAGAAUAGAUGGUGUAAUUAUUCAAUAUAUGCAUAAAAGGAACUAUGGAGGAAAAAAAAGGAUAAGAAAGAGUAACAGUUGUAGGAUAAAAAGCCUGUUAAGCAUACUGCUUGAAGUAUGUUAGGGGCAAGAUAGCAAGUAGGAUUCCUUAGGAACAAGGAGGUUUUUAAGAAUAGAUGUGUAGACCAAUAUAAGGGAACAAUACUUAGGUGAAGGUAAGGAACUGUUUACCAUACUUAUUGAAUUAUGAUAGGGUUGAAAAGAGAACAGUUUGGCAGAUGUUGCAAAUGUAUGGAAUAAGCAGGUUACUAAAAACAGUAAAAUUUUAGAGUGAAGCUCAUGUUAAGGUAUGUAGGAGAGAAGGGGAAUAUUUUACAUGAAAAUGCAUGCAACAAAAUUUUUUCAAGAUUGAGAAAUUUGAAAUAUGAAACAAGACAAUGAGCCGAAUAUCUCUGCUUUAAAAGAUAGGAAAAAAAAUGUGAGAACUACAUAUAAAUUUAUGAAAGGGUGUGAAAAGCUGAACGAGUAAUUUCUAGGUGGAAGCAAUAUGAAAUCGAGAGGCUAUAACUUUAAAUCUACAUGAGAAUCACUAUUGCAAAUAGCUGUAUUGCAAAACAUUUCUUCAUCAAGAGGUAGAUGGCUGGACUGAAAUCAGAGGUGAGGUUGUGAAGAGUACAGUAAAUCCUCGCUUAACGUCACUUCGUUCAACAUUGUUUCUUUAUAAUGUUAAUGGGAAAAAAAUUAAUUCCCAGCCAGGGUCAGUCUGUGUGGAGUUUGCACGUUCUUCUCAUGUCUGCAUGGAUUUUCUCCAGGUACUCCAGUUUCCUCCCCUAUCCCAAAAAUGUGCACAUUAGGUUAAUUUUCAUAUCUCAGUUGUCCCAGUAACGAGUGAAUGUGGGUGGGUGUGUGUGUGAGUGCACCUCGCCAUAUUUGUUAUCAUUUUUUUUUAAUUACGUGGCGGUAGGAGGUGCUCCUUACAAUAUUUUGUUUGCAAACUUUUAUUCCUUGAUUUUACCCUGUUGUAAUGAGUGUUAAAAGUGCACUGUGCACUUUUAGCACUCAUGUUUGUGUCAAUUAGCCUAUAGUAAAAUUGGUUUCAUUUUACACCGUUUCACUUCGGUUCACAGUUUCCAAGAGCUUAUCGAUGAGGUUAAGUGAGAACUUACUGUAUAUAAAAACCUUUGAAAAUUUUUACAUAUUUGAUAAAUUUAGACCAGAAGACCAUAAACCCCAAGCAUAAGCUGUCAUAUCUAUAAUUAUAUAGGCGAUUAUACGUAUGUUAACACACAGGCAUCUUCAUUAACAAAACAUUGUCACCAGAAGAUUAUGUAAAUAAAAUUGUAUACUACA